UGGAGCGCUGUCGAUGAAGAAUGUAUUAUUUAUAAAUGCUAAUAAUAAUCGAAGCGGUUUAUUGUGAAGUGCUGACAUAACAGAUGUACAUUCAUUUGUGUUAUUAAAAGAUACACUAAAGAGUGAAUAUUAGAGAUAGCUUUACGAAUCGGCUUUUUGUUUUGUUAUGAUUCCGUAAUUCUAGUAGAGAAUGUUAUCAUCAUAUUAUUUACUCUCAGUUCUCUGCUAGUUCGAUGCAAAAAGAGCGCUAAAAGAGAACGAGUAUCUUUGCUGGUGUAUCUUGUAUCUUGUAUCUAGACAAAUCAUAUCUAUCAUCCGUGUUUGACGUUUCUACCAAAUGUCAGUGAAGUGAAAAUAAAAAAAAAAUAAACGAUAAGUGAAAAAGAUUUUGAUAUCAAAUUUGCAACCAGGACUAAGAAGUGCUACUUGAUUGGCCUGGUAAGCUUAGGAAGCGUACUUAAAAUUAUUUCUUCGAAUUGAGCCGUCUACAUAAAGCGUCACUUAUAAAACAGAAAAAAAUUAAUAGAAAUUAAUUAUUUUUACCAAACGCUGCUGUUGUAGCCAGCGACUGCAGUGAUGGACGACGAGUUCAAACUCUGCUGGAAGAACUUCCAGGACAAUAUAGCCAGUGGAUUUCAGAACUUAUACGACCGUGGCGAUUUGGUUGAUGUUACACUUGCUUGUGAUGGAAAAUUGUUGCACGCACACAAAAUUGUACUAGCUAUAUGCAGUCCAUAUUUUCAAGAAAUUUUCAUAACAAAUCCCUGCAAGCAUCCCAUAAUCAUACUCAAGGAUGUCACAUUCAACAUCAUGUGCGAGUUGCUGGAGUUCAUGUACCAGGGCGUAGUGAAUGUUAAGCACACAGAACUGCAGUCAUUCAUGAAAAUAGGCCAAUUACUGCAGAUAAAAGGUCUUGCCACAAAUGCCUCAUCAACAGCAGCGGGUACAAGUUCGACGGAGAGUAAAUCUGCUAGUCAAGCGCAAAAUAUCGAUGAAACGAGCAGUGUCGGUGCAGAUACGGAAAAUAAUAGUAGCGUGACCGCCGGUGGAAAAACUGGACCAAAUCGUACUGGCAGUGCCAGUGGUGAAGUGAAUAUUUCUGCUGAAGGUCUAAAAAGCGCAAAACUAUCAAAUCCCAUAUCGGUGAAAUCAAAUUCACCGGCCUCAUCACCAUCGCCAAUGGGUUUCAACGAAUCAUCAGCUACUACUAUUAAUCAACAAAGUUUUAAAAACUCACCUGACCAGAGUUUGCCUUUGCAUCCGAACUAUCAUGCGAGCGCAAGUCUUAAGCGCCAUUUGGAUUUAAAUAAUGAUGCGCUAUCAAUUUAUUCACGCAAACAAUUCCGUCGUUCAAUAACCUCCGCCGAACACAAUACCGAUCAUAGUGAUAGCGCCGAUGCGGAUGGUGAAUCCGAUUAUUUCCUACCGUCUAUACCGCACCUACCAACGAAUUCAUCAGCAGCGGCUGCUGCUGCGGCAUUUAGAGGUACCUUUAAUCCGGCUGCUUUUGGUUUCGAUUAUAAUUUAUAUAAAAAUAGUGGAGCUGGUGGAGUGGGUGCAAGUGGCAUUGGCGGUGCCUGUGGUGGCAAUACGCCUGGUGGUGGUGGUAGUACCGAAUAUCCAAAUGAUUUGCAUAUUCCAAGUGACUACUCGAAGAAUUUCGCAAAUCAUGUAGACAUUCCGCCAAACAGCAGUAAUGUGGUGAUGCUCUCGUCGACGUCUCUGUUGCACGGUAACUGCGUAUUCAAUCGCAACAACACCGUGGCCACACAGCAAGGUAUGAAAACCUAUUGGCUCUGCAAGUCCUAUCGCAUUAGUAUGUGUCGAGCACGUUGCAUAACACAUCAAGGACGUGUGAUAUCCGCUACUGGCGUGCAUAACCAUCCGCCACAUAUGCGAGGAGGUGGUCCUGUUGGCGGAAUAGGCAAUAAUGGUGGCUCAGGUAAUCCUAGCGGUGGUGGAAAUACCCUUGGAUUUCCCAUAGAUGGCAAUGCACAACAGUCCAAUUCGGUGGCUACAUCGAAUUCGCCAACAAUGAAUUUGAAUUCUCUUAAUAUGUCUGCGGUACUUUUGCCUAGUGGUGGUGGCAAUACUGUUGCAGGUGUAAGUGCUGGUGCGGCUGCACGGUUGCAUCAUGCAGCGGCUGGCAGUGCCAUUGGCGUAUCGAUGUAUUCACAGCAUAAUACUAUGCAUAAUUCGCCAGCACAACAAUUGCAGAUGCAUCAGCAGCAGCAGCAGCAACAACAACAGCAGCAACAACAACAACAAGAACAGCUACAUUCAGUAGGCGGCUCAACGUCACCGCCCAUGCCAGCGUCGCUAUUGGGCGGCAAUCCGCACAUGCAUGCACACACUUCGCAGGCGGCAACUAGUCUCUUAAUGCCACAUCACUCCACCGCCGAUAGCGGUAGUAUGACAGGCAAUAUACAUCAUCAUCACCAUCAUCAUCAGCAACACGCAAUUGGCAGCUCAGGAAGUGGCGCUGGUGUGAGUGCUGGAAGUAGCGCACAGGGCUUGCACUCAAACAGCGUAAUACAGAAUAUCUUGCAUAGUGCGAAUGCAUCCAAUGCCAUGCAUCAUCAUGGUCAUCAUGCACAAUUGCCACACAUGGCGCACUUGACGCAGCAUCAACAUCAUCAGCAUCAGCAUCAGCAUCAGCAUCCGCAUCCGCAUGGGCACCAGCAGCAGCAUCAUCAACAUGAAGCACAUUUGGAAAUAACACCGUUAAUGCAUUCACCACCACUACCGCCGCCACCGCCGCUGCACCUACAAAGUCCAUCGAAUCAAAGUAAUCAAUCCCAACAUGGCAGCGGUGGCGCCAAUUCGCUUAGCUCACCAAUAACAGGCACCACGACACCGGCAUCCGCUGGUCCCAGUGGUGGUAACGCACUCAAAUCACCUGCACAAACGAAUCUCAGCGAUGAAGCAAUUUGCGUGGCAGAACCACAGUCACAUUCAAAUCACUCAACGCAUUUGAGUGAGCAGCAGCAGCACCAGCACCAGCAGCAACAACAGCAACAGCAACAACAUAUGUUGAGCCAUGGCACAACACUCUCACCGUCCCAAAUGAAUUCAAAUACUGCCGUGUCUACACAUUCAACCGAUGGUACAAACGAGGCACAUCACCAGGCGCAUGUCAUUGACUCUAUAACGAUAUCCCCGAACGAAGGACAUAAUUUCAAAAUGGAAGACAUAUAACAGUGCUAACUUACCUAAUGGCAAAGUAUGAAAUACCCUAAUGUUAAGAAAACACUAGUGCAAUAGAUGCGCACAAAAGUUCUUAUUUGUCUUUUAUUAUUAUUAUUAUUAUUACUAUUACUACUAUUACUAUUAUUAAUAUGUAUAACACGAAAGCCAAUGGAAAGAUUAAAAAUGGAAAUUUAAG